AUGGUUACCACCACCUUCAAUGUCACUGAGGCCGCCGACGCCGCACAGCCCAAUCUGGGCGGGGCCCAAUUCGCCUCGCACACCUGGGUGGAGCCUAUUAUUGUGGUGUCUAUCAUGGUUGCCUCCCUCACCGUCAAUCGUCGACGAGGCUAUCGACUCAUGAACUCAACCCGAGGUCGCUCGCCCACGCGCUCUCUUCUGCCACACAACCAUGUUCAAGACCUUUCCCCGGACAGCUCUGCGGACGACGACUCGUACCUGUCCAAUGACUCGGAUGUCUUCACCUCAUCCAAGCAUCCGCCCAAGAAACGCAACUGUUGUGGCAUGGUCAUCCAUACUCCCAAUUCAUCCAGAUUCGCUAAUCAUUUCCACUCCCGCAUCCUCGCAAAAUUCCCCUUCCUGAUCGAAAUGUUCUACUGGGCUCUGAACCUGCUGUUUUACACCCUGACUAAGGCCAUUGCCCAAGUCACUUUUUCCGGCUACGACGGGCUUUGGCAGCUCGCCCAAGACCACGGUGUGCUCAUCCUCGACAUUGAGCACAAAUCUUGGCUCAGAUUUUUGUUCCCCAUCCAAGAAAGCGACUUCCAAGCUUGGUUCCUCAAUGGCCAUUUGUCUGCCAUCACCUUUUUGAAUCGCAUCUACUCCCUGGUUCAUAUCCCCGGCACGGUUGCCUUUCUAUCAUGGUACUACUACGCCGCACCAUCUCAUUCCUCUUUCGCCACGGUUCGUCGAACAAUGACCCUAGGCAACUUCGCCGCCUUUUCCACCUUUACCUUUUUCCCAUGCAUGCCUCCUCGCCUGUUGCCUGAAGAGUAUGGCUUCCACGACACCGUCCGCCAAGCCAAUGCCGAAUCCGUCUGGAUGGGUGGCAAUUAUGUCAACCAACUCGCCGCCAUGCCCAGUCUGCACUUCACCUACGCCUUCGUCAUCGGCUGCACCUUUCUGUACCAUUCGGGUGUUUUCCGACGCACCCUCGGCCGCAAUGAGCCGCGAAAGUCAGUCUCGACCCAAAUCUUCUUCCUCACCGCGGGCAUAUUGUAUCCUCUGCUCGUUCUCACGGUGAUUGUCGCCACUGCAAACCAUUACUGGCUAGACGCGGCGGUGGCCAUGUGUACGACCUCCCUUUCCUUCUUGUGCAACAAGAUAUGGUUCUUUCUGCUGCCUGCCGAGGAUGUGUUGUGCUGGGUGCUCAGGUUGGACAAACCUGCCCCGACAACCGGGCAGAGACUGGAACCACAGACGGGACGAUAUCAUAUUGUCAAAGACGAGGAGGACCGAUGA